AUGAAAAAUAAUGAUGGUACAAUUAGAUCAUCAACACCUCAACCACAAUCUCAAUCUCAAUCACAACAGCAAGUUCAAUAUCCUACUAUAACUAGAUCAAAUUCAAAUACACCUCCAACUAUAGGUUCUUCAACUACAACUACAAGUAAGUCGCAUUUAAUAUUACCAAAAUCAAAUUCAUCACCUCCAAUUUCUCUAUUACCACCACAAUCUUCGUCAAAUAGUAUAUCUUCAUUUGAUUAUACAACGACAGGCUUACAAACUUCAUAUGAAGGUAGAUUGCCAUUUUAUAGAUCAAUUAGUGCACCAUCUGUAUUUACAACUAAUAAAAAACAAAAAAGACCCAGGGCCAGUCCCGAAAAUAAAGAAUCACUGAUUACUAAUUCACCGCCAAAGACACCGAAAUCACAAAUUAUUAGGACGACUAAUGAAGAUGGAGAGUCUUCUUCACCAUUUAAUUCAAAUUUUCAACUACCAAAUGAUAUACUACGAAACUUGACCCCAAUUAUAAAAUCACCACCAAAAGAUAAGUCAAAAAAUCAAAUAAAUAAACAAAAUUAUUUAAGAAAUAUUCAAGCUAGAUUAAUUAAGAAAUCAAACAAGAUUGAAAAAAACCUUAUUGACUUGAAGCAACAACGAUUGAGAAAUUAUCAAAUAAAAAGUCAGAAAUUUAAAGAGAAUUUAAGAUUGGCAAAUUUAAGAAGACAACAAUAUUUGGAGAUUAUUAAACUGAAGGCAAAUAAAUUUAUCAAAGAUGAACCAAAGAAGAAGCCUAGACUGAAUAGUGGCACAAUUAUAACUAAAGAUGGCGAUUUGCCCACUAUUAAAAAGGAAACUUUCGAUCUAGAUUUGUCAAAUGUAAAUGUCAAUCUAAUAGCAGAUUUUCAAAGAAUAGGAAGAAGAAGUUUAUUGUCCAAGGCAAUUGUUAUCCUUCAGGAAUCUAA